GGAACUUGUCUAAUGUGGGAAUCAGUCGUGUUUCAAGAAAGCUCUUCCAAAAGUUUCACGACAUCGUUGCUUCGUUGUUGCAAAAGUAAAACGAUGAUGGGUGAUGUGGAAAUCCCAUUUGUGAGGUCUCCUCUCCGCCACUUGCAGCAGAUUCUGAGCAGAAUCCCUGACAUUAUUGGACACACUAGACAGCAAUGGACAUACUGAUCUUGCGUGGAAAUUUCAAAAACGGUCAGGAGCCUGAGAGCUCUGUUCACGAUCUAUUGAGAAUCUGUAUUAUAACGCAAGUUUGCAUCUACCUCCGAAUCCACAUUGACAGUCCUUCUACUAAGAUGCCAUCUUAUAAGCACCGGCACAUCAGCUGUGAAUUGUCAAACGUCUCUAUUGUAAUCUGCUUUCUGAUGUUUCUAAUUUAAAUCACCCGAGAUAUUAGCAUCGUAAGGUACUAUCAUAAUUGUACCUGUUUAUUUCACACGGAAAAUUGAUUUUAAAUAAAGUAAGGAAUACCGUCAAUGUUAAGAAAAAGUGAUGCAAAAUGUCUCCCGAUCCUACACAACAGCCAAUAGAGGAAUCUUUAAAUCCACCAAAUUUACAAUUUGAUGCUAGAGGAAUAAAUGAAUCAGACAGUGAGGAUGAUGAUGUAGGAAUGUCAGGAUAUGAACCAUUGUCUCAAGUACCGUUGGACAGUGAUCCAAUAUUAUAUGACGAUGAAGAUGACGAAUGGAUAUCUAGUAAUGGGGAAUCUAGUCAAACGUUAUCAUUAGCAACAUUAGAAUCGCAUCAUGACUGCUUAUCGGAAACUAUUGAAGUUUGGUCGUCUCCUCAUAAUCGAUCAAACAUAGAUAUGGACGCGGAUAAAAUUAAUCAAGUGAAAUCAAUGAUGGCAUCUUUUACAUUACCCACUACAGCAAUCCCAGAAUGGGCUAACACUAUAUCCGAAGAUCAGUGGAAAGAACAACUAAUUGGACGCAUCAAAGAAAUGCAAAAUAGGGAGAAAUAAGUUCAAAUACUUGAAUCAAAAUAUUUAUAUGAGAUGGUAUAUGUAAUUUAUUGUAAGCUGGAGACUUCUUCUUUCUUUUCUUUAUAGAGUUACAAGUUUAAUUAACUCAUUAAAAAAAUAAGCUUCCACUCUCUUGCUUUUAUAAAUUUUUAUGUAUUAAGAUAUCAUACGUUUCAGUAAUGAUACGAUAAAUCUCAUGUUAGGAAAAUCUAACAGUAUGUGAGUUAUGAGAAAAUAAAAUUAUUUUAUCUUAAUCGUACUUUAAAUGUAGAAAUAGCAAAUCCUUACUUAUACUAUAAAUUUGUACCUUGCCAUUAUUAAUAAAUUUCACUUUAUACAAACGCA